GCGUCUCAAGACCAGAAGAGGAAAAUGCUUAUCUUCACUGUCAUUGGCUGUAUACCACGUGACACUCCCGAAACGUUUAGGCAAAGAAUCUGUAAGAGAUUCUUUGGUUUUAGGCGCUAUUUCUGGUUUUUCGCCAACUGCAAUUGUGUUUCUCGCCAAUUGUUAGCGGUUUGUUUAAAUCAAGGAUAUUGCUUUUUUUUUUUAUUAUCAAAAUGGAUAUGUUUAAAUGUAAAUCUUGCAGUUCAUCUUUUUAUGCGAAAAGAUAUUUGAAAGCGCAUGCACAAAGAAUACACGAAUUUAAAUAAUAAAGUUGCACCAUUUUCGUGUACGUAUUGUACGAAGCAAUUUUGUACAAAAAAUUCUUUAGCUAAACAUAGGAUACGUAUCCAUAAUAUAAGGCGAAGUAAUAUUAAAUGCGGCGAAGACGAAUGCCGGGAACUAUUUCCUACUACAGGAGAUUUAAGAUCUCACUUAGAGACUUGCCAUAAUUACAGCAAUAUGACCAAAUGUAUAAAACUGGAGUUUCAAAAAAAGCAAGACUUUUAUUCAUGGCUAUCGGAUGAAGAAAGAAAAACAAAGACUCAUUUUGUGGUAGAUUCAUCUGGGCAGAAACAUAAAAAUUACACCAGGACGCUGUUUUGCUGUAAUAGAAGUGGGACAUACAAAGCAAAAGGCAAAGGUGAAAGACAGCUAAAAGCACAAGGGACUUCCAAAACAGGUUUCUCUUGCACAGCUACUGUCAUACUAAAAGAUUUUGGCAAUCGUUUUGAAGCUGUAUAUUUUAAAGAACAUUACAAGCAUGAAAAAUCCCUUUGUCAUCUCCCUAUUCCUAAACAAGAAAAGCAAAGUAUAGCAGGUGGUGUGGCUACACCGGACGUUGCCAGAGCGGACACGUACAAUUUCGCGAUCAGAGCAGACACUUCGAAACUCAUCGUGGUUAGAGCUGCACAUCUUUUCCCCAUCUUAGAACAGAUAAAGGGUGCAGAUAAAUAAGGGGUGGAAGAGAAACGAAUUUUGCAAGAUGCAAGAUUCUCUUCGAGAGAUGAUAUUGAAACAAAACAGUUAAUAACGAGAAAAGACCUGCAUAACAUUAAGAGGGAUUUUGGUCUGAGCAUUAAUUCUAAAGGAUUAAUUUUAACAGAUGAUGAGACAAGUGUUUGGUCCUGGGUUAAUACGAUGUCGCAAAUGGAAUUCAACCCCGUUCUGAUGUAUAAACGUCAAGGAGAAAAAUAUGCAAAUGUAAACGAAAAUGAUUUCAUGUUAGCAAUAAUGACAGAAUUUAAAAAAAAAAAAAAAAAAAAAAUGUUGAUAGAAUUUGGUAAUGAUAGAAUCUGUAUUGAUUCUACACAUGGAAUUUCUGCUUAUGGAUUUGAACUUGUAACAUUGCUUGUCGUUGAUAAGUAUGAAGAGGGCAUACCAGUUGCUUUCUUAAUAUCAUCAACAGUAUCAGAAAAAA